AUGAAAGGAAAACGGCAUUUUCUAACUAAGCGAACAUCAUUAUUUGGAAGUGAAAACGAAGAGAAUGUGGCAGACUGUGCUUCGUCGUCGAUUUCUUCACCAAAAGCGGCUAGUCUCAACAACAACGCAUCAGGUAAAGCAGAACCGAGGCCUGAAGGUGGUCAAAAGGACUUUCUUCGGAACGCACAACCAAAUCGAUUCGUACAUUUUGAGACGGACACGCCAGCCGAAAAAAGCCUUAAUGAUCUAGGAUCCGGUGAUAUUGAUAUAAUAGAGGAAGCCAAAUACAGAGCAAAAGAGCGCCAAAUGCUGAAAAGAGACCAGAAAAAUCAUGAAGAAACAGACAGCCAUUCUUAUCUAACCGAUCUUGAAUCUAGCCUAAUCCAAAAAUAUGCGGAAAAAAAACAUGAUUCUCGACCUAUGGAUCCAUCAUCUGCGCUGGAGCUUACUCGACCAACAACUGAUGAUUCUGGUAAAGCGCAAAAGGAGUUGCUUGAACUCAGAAUGAGUGAAAGGCCCCCGGUAACGCACACCGUUCAACCGCCGUGGUACAUUGAGGGAAAGCCCACUCACAAAAUAGUCAGCCCGCAAAGUAAAUCUGAACCCAAGAAGUGGAACUUCCAACGGACUUGUAAUCAAAUCGACUUUCCAAGUUACACUGCGGAGGAAAUGCGUGGCGCUCGACCGACGAUUAUGAUGGAUUCGAGACAUAAGAAAUGCACCUGGAUGCCGAGUUUAGCACCAGAAGUUGUCGCCGAGAGUCAGGUUGGAAGGCGAUCAAUCUCCAGUAAAUUAUCGCCUAGUGAAUCCCUCGAGGGGAAUGAAGCCUCCUCUUCGCGUCGUGCGAAUGACGUCAACCUCCCAACCUAUCCCAAAAUGUCGGCCCCAUACGCUAUGGAUUGA